UAGUCAGUAAAUAUUUAAACUUUAAUUAUAAAGUUGUAUAACAUAUGAAAAUAUAGCUACAAUAUACAAAUAAAUACUAUAAUAUAUAUAUAUAUAUAAUACAAAAAAAAAAAAAAAAAAGAUUUUAACCACUCCAAACCGGACCGGUUCCGGUUUGAGGUUUAAAACCGGUAAACCGGAACCGGUUAACCGGUUCCGAUUUUUUAACCGGAACCGGCCGGUUCCUUAACCGGUUCCAUAACCGGUUCCAACCGGAACCGGUUGCCACCUUUAGACUAUAUGAUGAAAUUUCCAACGAUAUUCCCAGGAAACCACUCUGUCCCCCCUCCCUUAUUUUUAUUUUUUAUUAUUUUAACGAAUCAAAACAAAGACCUCGUACCUACUUUGUCUUGUGUCUCCAUUGUCAUUUGUCAAUUCAUAUACUACUACAAGUCUAUGCCCUUGACUCACUCAUUCAUCCAAUUCCCAAAGAGAAAAAAUGAUCACAGAGCUGUUCAAGAAGAGGCUUAAUACCUUUUACAUAAAUUGGAUCCAACACAAGAAACAACUAUGGGGAAAUUCUGAUGUUGUGGUCAUUCAAACUCCACCAAAAAUAGCCAAGUUCUCCAAUCCAAAGUCUUCCUGCUUUCUUUUAUGGCUCUUGGGUGAUGACUUUACUGAUACAACUAUUGUUUUCACUCCAUAUGGGAUUUACUUCCUCUGUACUCAUAAAAACUUUUCUAAGCUCCGUGAAUUCUGCGCUUGUGCCACGUUGAUACAGAAUAUCCCAACAUCAGUUCAACUUAAAGACAAGAACGAUGACGGGUUCUUGAUCAUUGAUGCAACGAUACGUGACACUAGAAAUAUUCGUAACGAAAAGGUCGAUGUUGAUGCUGAUAGGGAGUGGCCGUUUGGGGUUGGUUACGUAGAAGGUGAGUACCCAAAAUCGAAGCUUAUCUUGAAUUGUAUCAAUGAAUUAGAACCAACAAAAUAUCAGGCUACCACUGUGAAUUCUGGUCUUGAUGCACUAAUAAACAUAGCUGAUGAACAAAGUACUGGACCCUCCGCGUGUAUGGAUGAAAAAUUGGUGUCACUUAUUGAUAGUGAUUUGGAGCAUAAAUUACAACUAGAUGUAGCCAACAGUCAAAGCAAAUUAGAAGAAAACAAGAUAUUUCUUGAUGGUAGAAGUGAUAACAGUGUUCCAUCGACUUCAGUGGUAGGUGCUAGUGCUACAAUAGAAGAUUAUAGUAUACGAUAUGAUUUUACAGGCAGUUUUAGAAAGGACUCUGUAGUUUUGGACUAUAAUGAUGAUGAUUGGGUGCUAGUUGAAGGAAAGGAAGGACAAGGAAGAAAAGUGCCCCAUAGAAUCAGCUGGAAAAGGUGGAUCAUGGAUAAAACAGCUAAAUCAUUUGGUCUUCGAGAUAAAAGGAAGAUAAAGGCUUCUUCAUACUGAUGUGCCUGUGGUCUCUUUCCAAUUUCAUUAGCAGCUAGCCUAAAAUAGUCCUUGAAAGGGCUCCCACUAUUUUGUCUAUUGUUUUGCAGUAUAGUUUGUGAUAUUGAAGUAAAAAUAAAGUAUUUUUUGUCAUAUUAUCUUUUACUGUUAAGAUAAACUGGUACCAGGCUUGUUGUAUCCCGUAAAAACAUUGUCGGUCAUCACCAAAUGUCAAGCAACCACUCUUUUGAGAAAGUGACAAUAUCAUGCCUCAAGCUUCUUCUGUUUUCCUAUCUUGUAUCUUCUUUCUUUAUCAAAUUUUUACUGUAACAGGUUUACCUUCAGAAAGUUAGGAUGUGGCUACUCCAGUUUUCGUACAUGACGUUGAUGACCUUCCAUUUUGUCAUGUAUACUUCCUAACUGGGAGAAGGAUGAUUAAAUGCUUAGUUGCUACAUGUGCUCUAAGCUCCUGGAAGAGAAUCCAAGUUCCUUACUUUGCCAAUCCUCAAGUAAAGUGGGAAAAUUACAGUUUUCUGGCUAAUUUCAUCCCAAGCACAAUUGAAUUUGUCAACAACAUGACCUGUCAAGAGCUCAACACCCUUUUGUUUUGCAGUUUGACAAGCUGACAAUGACUUCAGGUAUGUGAAAUAAGUAUCCAAGUCCAUGGCUUUCUCAAUCUUGAACUGGAACGGUCCACUGUGACCACAACCAUCCACAGGCUCAAAUGGAAAAUCAAUAGUUUUGUACUUUUCAUCGACCAACUUUCUUGGAGAUUCCCAAUAAGGCCCAGCAUCAUUGUAGUAAAAUUGAUCAAAAACUGCAUCAACUGAGCUAUUUACUUGUGGCACAGUGUAGGACCAGGCCGCGAUUACUCCAUUUGGUUUCUUGAGCACCCAUUUCACUUGUUGGUAGAAAGUCGGGAGAUCAAACCAAUGAAGAGCUGCAGCAAUUGUUACCAGGUCUACACUUGACUCUGCUCCUAUUUUAUUUUCUACUUCAGCCAUUGACAUCUUGGGAGAGGUACAAACGUAUCGAACAUUAGGUACCCUCGUUGCAUAUUGCAGCUGCUUAGGACUUGUGUCUGUGGCUACUACUCUCUUGUACAGCUUAGCCAACUGAGGAAACGGGAAAAGGCUCAAAUAUGUCACUGAACUUAAGGAAGUGACUCACAUAUGUCACCUGUAAUAGUUGGUCUUGAAUAUGCCCCAACCGUUACCAUUUUGGACAAUAACAUUGGAGCAAUUAAAAUAACAUCAUUUGUUUGGAUCAAUUAGGACAACAUCAAUUGUUUGGAGCAAAAGAAGAGGCUACACUACUAGGGAACGCUUGUAGUUGAACUCUUCUUGUGGACAUUACAACGCUGAAAAAUUUAUCAACAGAUCAACAUUAAGUUAGAUAAUCUAGUAUGAGAGAAUUGUUCAUGCAAGCGCUCAUCGUGUGAUUACAACCUUAAUUAAUAUAAAGUAACAGGCUAUAAUCAAAGUUCGAAACACGGGAAUCAUUUGACAUUAAUUACUGUAGCUAAAAGUGUUUCCAAAUUUUGUAAUUUAGAAGAUGAGAAGUAUAGGCCGCAAAGAGGGAUUGCCCGCUUAGAGCCAACAUCCGUGGCCAAGGACUUCAACUUUAUACAUUUGAACUAAAAGAAAUAAUGCUAGCCAAUUAUGACAUAUAUGUAUAUGUUGGAAAAAUAUCAGAGAUGGAAACACUAAGAAAACGGUCAAUCAACAAACAAGCUAAGACAUAGUAGUUAUGAAUAAGAGAAGACGAGAUUAUAGCUAUGAGAAAUCGUUUUCAGGCACGCUAUGAAAGGUGUUAUCUUCUUUUAAUUAGAUUUUCGUUGCUAUCCACGUGGAAAUAGCAAAGUGGUAUCCUAGUUUCAAGAUACAACAAAUCACUCAAGAAUCUUUUAGUGUACACUCAAAUAGAAAUUUUGUUGAACUCUUAGUUCUAACAACUAUUUAUGUAGAAAAUUUGCAAUGAAUUGACACUAGACUCCGGAAGGAAGUAAAGUGAUAAAGAACCAAAGGAUGAAGAAAUUCAACUGCUUAAUUUCUGCAUAUGGGAUAGGUACUGUAUUUACUUUUUAUCUUCUUUUUCUUGUAACCGUGGUGUCCGGAUCAGUUCGCAUGCACCUCGGCUAUUUCACGAGAUAUCUGUUACCUCUCGCUAGCACAAGUAUCGAAUAACUCUAUUGAUCAAAGUUCGGACAUAUGGGGUAGGUACUUAUAGAGAUUCAACUAGUAACCGACGUACCUGAAUUUUCAAGAAUACAUGUAUCCACAUAUAUUCUUCACAAAGAAUAAUUGUAUAUCUAACACCUUUUCACAAAGUAUUAUAUCUUGUCCUAGGUAUAAUUGUUUACCCUGGAAUCGGAUAAUCAAUUAAAUUUGUAUGUGGGUAUAGGAUAUGUGCUUGGAUCUUGAUGUAUGUUAGAUAGGGAAAAUGUAUAGGUGGGAGUUCCUCAAUAAAAUGGCUAAUGAUGGCGAUUCACUAUGAAUACAAACGCUCAUAAACAAUGUGGGAUAAUUGAUGGAAUAAACACAACAUGAAUAUAAAUAAACGGCCUUGGCCGAAUCAGAUGUUGAAAGAGAGAUUAUAUGUUUGAACUCUUUUAUUAUAAAUGUUCUUGGAAAGUAAAGGAGUCAACCCUUACAAAGGAGGGGGAGGUGCCCUAUUUAUAGUGUAACCUCUGUGGUUUCAUACAAUAUGAACUAAUAAAAUAAUAACAAUAAGGACAGCUCUGCACGGAUUUGGUGGGAUUAGACUGACGGCGCCGUCUGACACACGCAUGGUGGGUAGUUGACCAUGACAGGACGCUACUGACGCGGGGCCUGCGUGCAACGGCCAUACGGACCAACGGCUACCCGGACCGAUAGCUGCACGGACCAGCGGCCGUGAAUUCUCGGGUGACCGGUCUUGGUCGUUCCAACGACGUCGAAGGCAGAUCGGUCGGUGCCCUCGCAUAGCCCCGACCUAAGCAUUACCCCGGUCAAGGGCGAACAGUAUCCGACACAGUCUCCUUCCUUCCUCCGGUUCUUCGUUCCACCGGUUUACCUCAUAUCCGAUUUUUACCGUAUACAGAUAGCCCCCACACUUCCUGGGUCUCCAAUCUAUCAGAGUAACGGGGAGUGGAUACCUUUCUGAAACUGGUGGUUCUGUCAGCCCCUCGUUAUCUUCGCAUUUUGGCGGGAACGGUUGCGCAAUACCUCCCCUUUUAUCGGCCACGUGUCUCGCCCCUGGUGGUCCACUCCUGACAACCGCCUUUUGCACGUCGUUUCGAGUCGCUUCAUAUUAAUGACGGGGGUACGUGGCGUCGUCUGGUUGGUCGUCCUCGGUAACCGUUCCUCUUCCAUGCCUAUAUAAGGCCCUUUACCCCUUCAUUUUACCAUUUUCACGCUCCAAUCUUCUUCAACCCCUCUUCAGUUCUGCGUUCUUCCCAUUUGUACCAUACUCAAUUAACUUCAAACUUGAUCUGCUUACUGAUUCAUUGUUUCAUAGUGCGUGCAAAAGAACCGACUUGGUCACCACUGCUGCCGAAUAUUCUCUGCUCGAGUGUUGCUGUUUCAUACUUCACUCCUCCUCGAACCACCAGUUCCUUCAUUUUUCUUAAAUUCCUCUCUCGGACCUUCUUUCUUUCCUAUUUCCAAGAUGUCCGAAUCCACUUCCCACGAUGCUCCACCAGUGUCGUCCCCGGGGGCCGAGACUGCGUCUCCGGCUAAAUUCGAGCCCACGGCUUCGGAUGUCAUACCGGCUAAAUUCAACUUCAACAAAGACCUUGAGGUCGAAAAGCCUUCCUUCGUUUCGGAUAGAGGAUUCGACGUGAGGCGGUAUCCCUCAUCUAUUAUCGAGGAGAAGCUCGAUACAGUCCGGGCCGAUUGCGGGUGGGACACCCGUCCAGUUCGGGUUUUCGCCCCUGGACCAGAUGAAUCCGUUACUGACCACCGUGAAGGGUUUCUAUACAUUUACACAUUCCCCUUCACGCUCAAACUCGACCCUCCGGUGGAUCCGGUCAUCCUCGACAUGUGCCGGACUUACGGUGUUACAUUGGCUCAGAUCGGCCCAAAUGUUUGAAGGGUCGUAGCGUGUCUCCGGUCGUUGGCCAACAAUGCUGAGAAGGAGUUCACACUAGCCCACCUGAUACACCUAUACUCCCCGAGGCUGUUCCGGGGUGGCGUAAUGAAACUGGCUAAGCGCAGCCGGAAUCCAUUCUUCUCAAAAAUGGAUGAAGACAGAGACCGGGGAUGGUUGGAGCGAUACGUCCGGGUGAAGACCGAGGACAUUAUCCCAGCCGAUCAUAUGCCUUUCCCGGAGAAGUGGAAUAACAAGCGUAAGUCUGAAGUCUCAAAUAGUUGACUUAGCGUUGUUUUGUCAAAUUUCGAUCCCGCUUUCUCACUGUUUCUUCCUUAUUUUUGUCAGCCAAUGGGUACGUUCCUCCGGUCAUUCGGAAUCUGAGUGACUGGGUCACUGUACUUCUCGACCUGUAUCCUUACGACGAUCGGACAUGGGCUCACCUGUCACGCGGCCGGUGGAUCGCCCAAAAUCAUGGUAACAUUUUGUUUCCCUUUAUGCUCGUUGUAUUUCCCACUGUUCAUGGUUGUUUGCCCUCUCAACCCUUGCUAUUGUCUGAUGCAAUCCAAAUUACCAUGGUGACGACUAAAGUGUUCAGGCCGAGGAGACCCAAAUUGAAGCCCGAAAGGAUGUGGAUUGAAGCCCAAGAUCUGAAAGAACAAGUCUAGCAGCCCAAAUUAGGACUUCUAGAAGCUCUAGUGUGAACAUGAGGGGCUGGACUAAUGUGAACGAAGGAAGCUUCCCUUUUUAUGUUUUCUAGGCUUAUUAAAGGCUAUUUUGACUUUUAAUAUGUGUAGUGGCUUUCUAGGCUUCUAGGAGUAUGCAUAUUGUAGUCUUCUAUGCACCUAGAAGACUACACUUCUAUUUAUUUCUUUUGACUAGUAUAUUUUAAGAACCUUAUUUAAAGGUGCUUGUAAUUGAUUUGGGAAAACCUAUCUUUGAAUAUUGAAUAUUAUUGGAACCCUUUAGUCUUGAAUGACUAGUGUUAAUUUGGUGGACUCCAAAUUGUACAACCCCCGUUUGAUCUAACAGUUUGCAAGAGAUGGCUAUUCUCUUGAGGAUUGUUCGAAUAGGAUAGGUGCCUUUUGAUCCUUUUAGGAGGUAACUAGGACUAGUUCUUCUAGUUAUUGUCCAAUUGUUAUUCAAAUUGUGUCUUCUUUCUAUCUUUGUUAUUUUUCUUGCAUCAUUUGGUAUCAAGAGCCAGUCAUAGAUUUGUCCCUACAAAUCUAAUCCUUGUUUUGUAUCAAACUUUAUUUAACCAAGAAAAAAAAAUUAUUCUGUUUUGGAUGAAUUUCUUAGUAUUCUUAGGGUUAAACUUCUUGAUAGUUGUUGUUUUGGAUGAAAUUCGUGUUACUUGGAGUAUUUGGGUGUUCUUGAUCUGUUGGUGAAUCUGAAUUUGUUUUGUGUUUGAAGACAUGUGUUCUUGGAUGUUCAUAUGUUCAAGAAAAAGUUCAUGAACUAUUAUUUUAAAGUCUCCAAUCGUGCCAUUAGUUUAGGUAUCUUGGGUGAUCCAUGGUGAUAUUUGGAAACUAGGCAUCAAGAUGGUCAUUUUGGUAUAUCAUUUGAAGUGUUUUGAAUACUUGUGUUCUUGAGUGUUCAUAAAUAUUUUGUGAAUGUUCAUGUGUGUUCUUGAUAAUUUCAGAUUUACUAACUUUGUUUGAUCUAAUUUUGGUGAUAAGUUAAGCUUUCAAGGUGUUAGGGAGUGUGAAAGCUAUUUGGGAAGUCAAAGGGACUAGUCAAGAGUUAAUUCCCAAGGAGUUGGUGCAUUGAACCCCUCCAAAACGUGGAGAAGGGGGCUGCACUCAUUAGGAGAAGUCAAAAAUCAGUUUGGGGUGUGUGAAAGGGAGUAGAGGCAAACAAAUAGUCAAACCAUUAAUUGACACAAGUUCCCAAGUCAAUUCUUGGGAAGACUAACAGUCACCUUGAGAAAAGAGUGUCCAAGUUCCUAAUCACCUCUUGGGAAAAUGAGAAGUCAAGUUUGCAAGUCCCUAGUCAUCUUUUGGGAAGACGAGAAGCUACAUUGAAACUUGUAGUAAUUAAAUUCCAAGACAAGUUGGUCAAAGGAUAUUAAUUAGCAAGACUUAAGGGGCUGCCUUGCACAUUUUAAAGGGGGGUUGGGAAGCUUCUUAAUCCUUUCUUUGUGACAUAACUUCUAGCUAGUAUCCAUUGAGUAAUUACCUACUCAAAGUUUACUAGUUCUUGAGCUAUAGCUUUUUCCGUGCUAAUUCUUUCAAGCUUUUCUCGUUUUAACUCGUCGUGAAUUGUUUGACUCAAGUGCGCCACAAUUAAAAGAGUCGUCCGACUAUAGAGUCCAUAAUCUCACUCUAAUCCCGAAGAGGUAGCAUCUUUUGUAUAAUUUUGGAGAUUAAAUAGGAGUUGGUCAAUUCCGAGGAAGCCAGUAACAAGAUGGAGUGAACCAAACCUAUUGUAUCAUUGAGUGAACCGAGGGCCACCCAAAUAAAGUAAGGGAGUGAGUAAGGUGAUUUUUAACUCAUAACCUUUUCUUUGAGCUUUGUUAUGCAGGUAUGAUGGACCAAUGUGCAAUGAGGAUUAAACCCGUUCAAUCGGAAGUAAGAACUAGAUGGCUUACACAAAGGAGAGGACCACUAUUUCCAAGAAAAGGAGAUAGAUUGCCUAAGCCAAGGUUUCAAAAAUUGAAGGUGAAUGUUUGUGGGUAUAAUGGCUUUGAUCUAGAGCUUGACGAUUUGUGUGACUCCACAUUCAUCUCUCCUUAUGCGGCUGAUUGGUUGAAUUUGACAUGGGUUAAAAAGAGAUAUCCAUAUGACUCUAAUGGGUAUCAAGUUGAGUGGGUGGUCAAGGUGGUAAUAUCUCAUGGAGAUUAUGUUGAAACGGUCCGAUGUGAUGUGUUUCCCCUAAAAAUAAGUCACUUAUGCUUUGGACAGCCCUGGUUUCGAAAACACGAUGUUCCAAAUGUACGAGAUUGGAUAAGGUAUGUCAUAGAUGAGGAAGGAUGGCCUCUCUUUCCAUUCCCACUUCCGAAAGAAAAUCCCAAUAGUGCAUAUGUCUCUUCUAUGCCUAUAGGGGAGUGUAAUGCCAUGCAAAAUGGAAAGUCCGGGUUGACUGGAAUGAGUAGGCUGCCACAAAAGAAACAAGAGAAUGGAAUUGAAAAGAACAUGAGAGAAAAGAAAAAUAAUGAGGGAGAUGAAGUUCUUCACUCUGACACUCACAAUCUUUUUUUUUCCUCUAGUUGCUUGAAUUCUUUUGUAGGUACCGGUGAAAACAAGCUGGAAAGUGAGCCUCCGACAAUGGAAACUCAUGAAGAGGAUGCAAUGACUUCGGAAGAGCUGAUUUGCCGAAAAGAGGAACUUGAAGGUAAAGAGAACCAUUCUUGUGAGCUUGAAGGUAAGUUGACUAAAUUCACUACUUUAGAUGCUAAUGUUGAGCAUGCUGAUUGUGUGAGUAUGAGUAAGGAAUUAUCUUGUGUGGGCUUAAAGUUUUCUUUGUCUUGUGAUGAUAAGUUGAAUGAAUCUUGUGGAGAUACACUAGUUGUUCUUGGUUGUGAUCCUGAAACUGAAACUACUUGUGUGUUUAAUGAGAUGAAAACUAGUGUUGACACUUAUGAUGAGAGUCUUAAUGCAAAAGACACAACUUUUGUGGGUGAAAGGAGUGAAAACAAGUUGAUUGAUUUUAGCGUCUUGUCUUUAGAAAGCAAUCUUGAACCUUGUGUGUGUGUGAGCAAUAUUCCAUUAUUAGUUGAUGAUUAUUCUGGAUAUGAUGGAAUUGUUGGCCAUAAAUGUGAUUGUUUGGAAUUAGGCACACCACCCAUGUUUGAUAAGGAAGAAAGCAAUUCAUCUUUAAGUCUUUAUGAUGUUGAAUCUGCGCAUGAUAAUGAAAUUGACUUGAAUGAUGAGUUUGAACAUGUGAACUUGGAUGAGACCUUUCUUGUGAAACUAUUCUUACUUGGAGAUGCUUGUUUGUUUAAUGAUGAGUUUGAGUUUCUUAAUACUCUUUCUUGUGAUGGAAUUAACUCCUUGUUGGAUAGUUCACUUGAUAGAGGACAUUGUCUUGGAAAGGAAAGUGUGGGAAGUUUCUUAAGUAAUAAAUCUUCUUUGUGUGGUCCAAAUCGUGAUCUUGUGCUUAAUAGUAUUCAUGAUUGUGAAAGUGAACUUACUGAUGGUGAAGUGACCUUAAGUAUCACUUUUCUUUACUAUUUGUUUGCAUAUGAUGAGGGUCAUGAUUGUUUUAGGAGCUUUUGUGAUGUGGAGGACUUAAAGUGUGACUUUGAGUGUGCUAGACGUGUAGGAAGUGAUCUUGAAGAGGAUUGGGAAAGUAGUGCAGAAUUCUUUAAUAGUGAAGAAGAAUGUGAGGAUGAGUUCUCACUAGGAGCAGAAUUUGAGUUGAAAUCUCUAGGUGUGAUUCUUGAAGCGGAAAAGGAAAGUAGAAUUGUGGAUGCUAGUUCUAGUGUCUAUUAUUUACUUAAUGUGAUCCUUAUAUGGAUAACUCACUUGAGAUAGGCUAUACCAAAAUUCCUUAGCUUGAAAUGUGGAAGUUAUGCAUUUGAACCUUGGGAUUGUAGUCAUGAUCUUAGAGGUAAAAUUCUUCCUUUUGAUAAGUUUGAUUGCUUAUUUGAUUUUUGUGUGAGUUCUUGUCAAAGGAAAAGACGAGAGAAGUAUGAGAAAUCUGGUCAUUACACAUGGUUUGAUCCCUUUGAUGUUUCUAAGAUCAAUGAUGGCACAUAUUCUUACCUCAUGAUUCAUGCUUCUCUAGAGUACUCUUGUAGUAAUUGGAUACAUCAUUGUCACUCUUGUUUGUUGUUACUAUUCGAGUUACUAGUUGAUAUGCUUGAGACAUAUGCUAACCUUGAUGUGUUGACCAUUUUUGUUUUUGACCCUGGAAUUGAUCAUAAGGUUUAUAACUUGUUGGAAUUGAUGACUUUGGGGUGGGCUGGUACAUUACUUCGGUAUUGGGAGUUGAGUUAUUCUACUUGUUUUGUACUUAGCCUUGGAGCGAAUUUAGUGUAUUUUAAGGUGAAUCAGGUGGAAAGCCAUUGGAAAGAUCCUCCCUGGACAUCAUUGUGGUAUGCAACCAUGACUUGCAAACUCCAUGAAGAUGGUAGGUUUUCUUGGCUCAUGCUUCUUCUUGGGCUUUCCAAAUCCAUGACGGUAAUCUCUAUUAUCUUUGGGCAGUUUUGUAGCACUCUUGUUUUAUAUCAUGAUUAUUCACUCAUGUUGCUACUGAACUCUUACCUGAUUGAGACUUGGAAGCUACACAUAGUCAUUCUCGUCCAUGUUUUGCAGGGAUCGAAUUUGAGGACAAAUCCUUUUCAAGAGGGGUAGAAUGAUGUAAUCUAUAUAGCCAUGAUGAUGAUCCAACUGUGCCAUAAUGAUGUGGUUGAGGUUGAUGCUGCGGUCGCUGCGGUCGAGGUUGAUAUUAAUGUUGUAAUUUCGAGGACGAAAUUCUUCCAAGAAAGGGAGGAUGAUGCAAUCCAAAUUACCAUGGUGACGACUAAAGUGUUCAAGCCGAGGAGACCCAAAUUGAAGCCCGAAAGGAUGUGGAUUGAAGCCCAAGAUCUGAAAGAACAAGUCUAGCAGCCCAAAUUAGGACUUCUAGAAGCUCUAGUGUGAAUAUGAGGGGCUGGACUAAUGUGAACGAAGGAAGCUUCCCUUUUUAUGUUUUCUAGGCUUAUUAAAGGCUAUUUUGACUUUCAAUAUGUGUAGUGGCUUUCUAGGCUUCUAGGAGUAUGCAUUUUGUAGUCUUCUAUGCACCUAGAAGACUACACUUCUAUUUAUUUCUUUUGACUAGUAUAUUUUAAGAACCUUAUUUAAAGGUGCUUGUAAUUGAUUUGGGAAACCUAUCUUUGAAU